GAAGUAAUUGAUUUGGAAGAGAGUAGACGGUCUAUAGAUAGUCUAAUUUGGAGAAAGACUGUGGCUAAUUCACAGAAAGACCAACUAACCUGUCAACAACUGAUUAAUCGGUCUUAUAUGCAACCAAAGUAACAACACCAUUUUCUGUUUCUGCUACGUUUUUAAAGACGAAGGAUAAAAACCACUUUUGUAUACUUUACUGAAUUCCACCUUACCAAAUUUUGGCAUGAACUAACCAAUGGAUUAAUUCUUGCAAACAAAUGCGGACAGUCUGUUAUGGUUUUAGUUUUGGAUUUACCUUAAAUUUUACCUUAUGAUAUUUAGGUCUUUGAUGAAAAGUAGAUGAAAUUAUUGGGGUUAAAAACCUUUUGGUAAACUGUUUGGUAAAGUGGGAAUUAGUGUAUGAACAGAAAGUGGGGGCUGUGGGUAAUUUAGUAAAGGGGGAAUAGUCUAGAAAUAGAGUGACCAUUUUCCUCUGGAUUCCUAAACUUUGACUCUACGAUAAUUAGAUUUUGGAUGAACAGUGGAUAAAAAUCAUUGAGGUUAAAAGUCUCUGGGUAAACUGUUUGAUCUAGUGGGAAUUAAUCUGUGGGUAGAAUAGAGGAUAACUAACAGAUAGAAAAUCUGUAGUUAAUCUGUGGAUAGUCUAUGGAUAAACUGCUGUUACUACAUAUUGUAAUUUGUUGAUAAAUAAUGAGUGGAUUAGGGAUAACUUAAGAAGUUGUAGCAAAUAAUAAUCUGUAACUUGAUAAAGAGUAUACUGAAUAAUUUGUGGUAAGAAUUGGUUUUAAAAACUUGAGGACGAACCAUUGUUUAAUCUAGGGUUAUAGGGUUUUAGAGUAUCAAAACAGGGGUCUUUUGAACAAAGAAAAUACAUAGUUAUAAAGGGCCUUUGGUUUAUUUUUUAGUUUUAAAGGGUGGUUUUGACAUUGCUUUUUAGAUUUACAAAAUAUUUUAGACAAUUUGCCCCCACACAAACAAAUAAAUAACAGAAGCCCAAAAAGAAAAAUGGGAUCAGAAUCAAAUGAAUCUGGGAAUAUUUUUGACCGACAUCCGCUCGUGGCGGCACGGUGCAUGUUUUAUCUGAACGGUGACCAACAUUUUGCUGGUAAAAGUAUUCUUUACAAUCGAAAGAGAUACCCAUCUUGGGAAUCGGUUUUGGUACAUCUGACUGAUACCUUGGCACCACAAUUUGGUAAAAUCCAACGAGUUUACACACCCAACACUGGCACCAGAAUUCUUACGCCGUCAUUAUUGGAAACAAAUAAGUGCUAUGUGGCAUCAAAUUCGAAAAAGUUCAGUAAAAUAAAUUAUUUUGAAAUACAACCAAUAAGACGAACAAAAGGACCGAAAUUUCCUUAUUUUGAUAUAAAACCAGUGACCCACAGUCAGUUUCGUGUUUCAGGAAAAGUGAAAAAAAUUAAUAUCCAAAGCAAGAAAAUUGUAGUGUUUCCCAAUGGCCAGUUCUUUCUACCACCAUCCAUUAUUGUUCUAAACCAAACAGAACAGACGUCCAUGGAUACAGUCAUGCAUUCAGUUGGCAUCAAAGUUGAUUUACCCCAGGGUGGCUUUCCAGAACGGUUGUACACUUUGGAUGGUGACCGUGUGGACCACACAGACAAAGUCACUAACGGGACCAUGUAUGUCGCUGCUUCACACCGAGAGAAGUUCAAACCUGGUCCCUAUGGCCCUUACAUGAGGAUGGGGCCUCUUAGAUUCCCAUUACGCUUGACUCCACUAAACAGGAAGAAAUACGAAGCCAAAGGCAGUGACAGCGAAAUAUCUCAAGAAAAUUCUACAUCUUCCGAUUACAGUUCUUCGAAAAGGUCAAGGAAAUCUCGAGCUACAGUACGAGAAAACGAGAAUGGUGUGUUCCAUGCCCGGCAGUUAAGACGGAAGAAAAGUCCAGAAAAGGCUCCAGCCAAGCAACCAGAUUAUGACCGAGAUCAAGGAGGCGUUUUCAAGGCAAAAGAAAAGAAUCCAGAAACCCGACAUGCCAAUGUUGUGUCUGAGAGUGCUGACACCAAGAUGGACGAACCAGUAGACAAUAUGGCCGCUGAACAGAUUAAUGAAGAGAAGUUGAGUGAUAAGGAAUCUCGCAGUAAAAACACUUCCAUAAAGAAAUCAGAAAAAGAACAGAAAAAGACAAACGAAGUUUCAGGCAAUCAAAGAUCCAAAAACCCAAAGAAUGCUGAUGUUUCUUCUAGCAAAAAACCCACUGCAAAUAACGGUGAGUCUGCUAAAGACCAAAUUUCGGGGCAAGCAGCACCAGAUGCGGGAGUAGGGAAUUCAACAUCAUCCUCCAAGAACUCUGAUCAAAAGAACACCACUGACGUUGCGGGAGAGAAGAAAGCCACUGACGAACCAAAGAACUCAAAGACAGUCAGGAAACCUGAUGAAUCCCUUGUAGACAAUCAUGCCAACACACCACCAGCACAGCAAAUCUUUUCCCAAAAAGAAUCAAAUAAACAGGUCGGAGAUGGUAGUUCAUCCGCCUCUUCAAAAGCAUUCGAUAAUGAUGGUGGAGCUGCUCAGAAUGAUGCCAAGGAUAAUGAUGACCGAGUUGAGAGUCCAAAGGUAGAACCAACGAAAGAUGGCAAAGCUGAAACUAAUGACAGCAAUGCCAAAGCAGAUGACCAAAGAAUAUCCGACAAUCGAACAUUAGACAAUGAAACUCCCAUGUCUGAACCCAAUGCAGUUGAGAAGGAUCCUUUUGAAAGCUCUGUUUCACCUGUAGAUGGCGCUGUUGAAAGAGAAGAUUCUUUGUUGAGUAACAAUACAAAGACUGAUGACAAUCUGAACGCUAAACAACCUGAACAGGAGACAGACGAAAAGAAUGCUCAAAACAUUCUAGGUUCAUCUGGAGACAAAAGCAAUACAAAAGACACUGAAGAACUGGAUAAACCCUUGAGUCCACAGGAACGAGAUGUCAUAAACAGCCCACCGAUUGAGUCAAGUGUUGAUCGAGAGCGCUCACCAUCGGUACAAUCUCCGCCGCUUUCAGAAUCCCUUACGAGCGACCAGUUGUCGGAGAACAAGGCUCAAGAGAGCAACAGCAGUGAAGUUCCGAAAGAUGAUAAUAAUGCUUUGAACAGCAGUCAAGAUAUGAAUAACGUAGCAGACAUUCAACAGAAUGAAAACCACAACAACACCGGGAAUUCCAAAGAACUGGAGAAGCAAUCAAAUUCAAAUGCUGAUGAGACAAAUCCACCCAAAGUCCCAGCUUCAACUAAUGGCUAAACACACCACAACAUAUAUAUAAUAAAUAUAUAUAUAUAUAAGUACAUACAUAUGUGUAUAUAUAUAUAUAUACAUACAUACAUAUAUAUAUAUAUAUAUAUAUAUAUAUAUGUAUGUACACAUACAUAUGUGUAUGCAUAAAUAUAUGUGUGCGUAUGUAUGUGCAUAUAUAUAUAUAUAUAUAUAUAUAUACAUACACACACAUAUAUACACACAUACUUAUGUUUGUAGGUAUUCUCUUCUAUAAUAAUAAUAAUAAUAAUAAUAAUAAUAAUAAUAAUACAAUAUAAACCUAGCUUAGCCUUCUGUUAUCUAUACGGCUAAUCUUGCAUGUUAGGUUGGCCGACAUAUUUUGGAUUGCUGCUCUGCAUGUCUUUUACUGAUAUAUUUUGGAUUUUGUUUUUCAUAUUUUGCUUCCUCGACUGGGAAAGGUCUGGGAGAGUAUCUGGGUAUUUAUUGCUUAUAUGGUGCUUUUUUUUCCGCUCUCUCUCUCUCUCUCUCUCUCUCUCUCUAUCUUUCUCUCUCUCUCUCUCUCUCUCUCUCUCUCUCUCUCUCUCUCUCUCUCUCUCUCUGCUUUUAGCAAAACAAAAAAAUCCAGACUUGAUGUUCUUUCUAGUGUUUGUGUUUGUAUAUAUAUAUGUUUGUGUAUGUAUACAUAUAUAUAUGUUUAUGUGUGUGUGUGCAUGUAUAGAAACCAUACCAAAACAGGCACUGGAGUAUGCUGCGGCCUUCAGACUUGUUGAAUCCUCUCAAACAAUCCAACCCAUUCCAGCAUGGAAAAUGGACAUUAAAAGAGGAUGAUGAUGAUGAGGAGGAGAAGGAGGAUGUAUACAGAUAUUGCAAUAUUACAGCUUUUUCCACCAUCAUUAUUAGAAAUACGCAACACUAUAUAAUAGUAUAAAAUAAAUACUACAUAGCCUGAGAUUCUGGUUGACCGAUCACUAGUAUGUCAUUCGAGUUAGUUAAAUCUACCAAUUUUGGUGGUCAAGAAUCGGGACAUCACUAUGGUGAUGACUGAAACAAGUAAAAGAUAGAUGCAUGCGAGGUAGCACAGAAUGCAAAGAGACUGAUGGUGAUCCGUGUCGGUAAGGCUUAUGUUUUUUUUUUUUACAAAAAAUCAACAAAAAGUCUAUAGUGAAAUUAUUGUUGGGGCACUGAAAAGUCUAAUGUUUCAGACAAAAUUCUUCCUCAGGGAAAAGCUAAUGGGAGCGAAAUUAAAGGAAAACAGUAGAGUUUUACAUCUUCUGUGUUUAAGAAACUGGCUGCCACUGAUGAAGAGCUUAAGGUUCUAUGCUGAUUUAAAGAGAUCAUCUAGUUCAGUCAACUGAAUUAUCUCCCCACCAUUACUUGACAUCCAAUGCUGGUGUGUUUACAUCCCCAUAACUUAGCAGUUUGGUAAAAGAGACCGAUAGAAUAAGUACUAGGCUUACAAAGAAUAAGUCCUGGGGUCGAUUUGUUCAAAUAAAAGUAGUGCUCCAGCAUGGCUGCAGUCAAAUGAUUGAAACAAGUAAAAGAAUAAAAGAAUACACACGUACACACACACAUACAUAUAUCAAUCUUCCUUGGUUUCCGUGGCCUGAAUUCUCCUCACAAGGUAAUUGGUUAACCUGUGGUUAUUAAUAUAUAAAAUUUCAAUAUAUUUCUAAUUAGUUAAUUUGCUUCCUCAGCUGCCAUUUUCAAUGAUAUGGAAAAGUUACCAAGAAAAGAAAUACUACAAUAAUUUAUAUAUAUAUAUAUGUGUGUGUGUGUGUAUAUAUAUAUAUAUAUAUAUAUAUAUAUAUAUACACACAUAUACAUAUUGUUGGUUUGGUCAAAAAAACUGUUUGGUUUUUGUUGACAUUAAACUUCAAGCACUCAAGUAAGUUGCUAACUUUAGUCUGUCUCUUGCACAUGCACACUCGUUAGAUGCUGAACACUUCAACAUAGUUUGAUGUGGACUUGCAACAAGACAGGCUCUAUUUUGUAUGCUUAUGGUUAUCUUGAGAAUAGAGAGCCAAAAUUAACAUUAUUGGCACUGCAUGCCUUUGUUUUUAAAAUGGGAAGGACAGUGGUGGGAACCUGCAGAAAGGUAUAUGUUACAGAAAGAAUGCUGUUGCAGGACAUGUGCCAGAAGUGGUUUUCAAGGUUUCAAUUGGUUCAAGAUACACCACACACUGGCUGCCCGACUGAGAUUAACUGCGACAAAAUGAAGGAAUUAGUUGACACCAACUCCUGUUAUAUGACCAGGAUGAUCACAGAUAGACUCCAAAUAUCUAAAUUGAGUGUUGCAAACCAUUUGCAUCAAUUCAGUUACAUCAGCAAGUUCGAUGCCUGGGUCCCACAUCAGUUGAAUGAGGAUAAACUUGCCAAACUGAUGUCCAUUAUACGAACGGGAAGAAAACAAUCCUUUUUUUUUUUUUAAGAGAAUAGGGAUGGGGGGGGGGAUGGAUUGUCUAUAACAAUGUGAAGCACAAACGAUCCUGGAGGAAACAGGGUGAACCAUCACAAACAACCUUCAAAGCAGGAUUUCACCUGAAGAAGGUUAGGAUUUCAGUUUGUUGUAAUUGGAAGAGAGUGGUCAUUUAUGAGCUUCUUUCCAUGAACAGGGCCAUCAAUUCACAUAUGUAACUGUGACCAGCUGGACAAAUUAAAUGCAGCGAUCCACCUGACCAGAUCCAGCACUUGCUAAUCGUAAGGGCAUCAUCUUUCAUCACGACAGUGCCAGACUGCAGACUUCUUUGCAGAUGCAGCAGAAAUUACUGGGGAUCGGAGGGGAAGGUUUUGCCACACCCACCAUAUUCACCUGACCUUACACCUUCAGAGUCCCACCUGUUUUGGUCUCUUCAAAAUUCAUUGAAUGGACAAACCUUCAUCUCUGAAGUGAAUAUAAAAAUUCGUCUGGAAGAAUCCUUUACCAAGAAAGACAGGAAAUUCUUUGAGUGAGGCAUAAUAAAUCUGUCCACAAAAUGUCUGAAGAUAUUGGUACAAAAUGGUAAUUAUAUCAGUGAUUGAAUAAAUCACUUCGUGUUUAAAACUUGUGGCUUAUUUUCGCUUAAAAACUGAAUGGACUUUGAGGUCAACCCAGCACAUAAUUUUCAGAAACAAAUAUUUCAGAGGCUCGGUUUUGUUUUAUCCCAUGUAGAAAUUAUCUCCCAUGGACACAGGCUCUGAUUUUAAACUUUUAUUGGAAAUAGUCAAACACAGACAUAAUGUCAUUCAUCACAUACACACACACACGCACGGAAACUGAAACUUCGAAGUCAGAGCUUAUUUGCAAGGGAGAUAAUUCCUAAAGGACUUUUCCGUAAACAAAACUGUUCACUCCUUGUGUUUAUCAACCCUUACAUUCUGGAAAAAUAAAAGAUACACACACACACACACAUAUAUAUAUAUAUAUAUAUAUAUAUAUAUAUGGUAAGUGACAGACAGAGAGCAUUUGUUUAAUUGCAAGUCCCUGAACAAUUUCCAUUAAAUUGAUACUCUGGACAAGAUGAGAGUUCCAGCCUGGUGAUGCAGACUGUAAGUCAUGUAUAGCUUUAAAUAGAGAACUGGUGGACAAAUGUCAGAGGUCUUAGUUGAGUGACGCCAAGGCAUUUUCGGUGUUUUUGACAAUUUUAGAUAUGAGGUUCAUCCAUCACUGGUCAUUGCUGAUGAUUAUUUCCCAGGUCACAUUUACCAGAAAACUUCUUAAGAUUGGUGUUGGGGAGGAAGUUGGUAAGUUCCUAGUAUUUUCUUCCUGAAGUAUACUGUGAUGUACUUGUCCAGAGUUGUCAGUGAGUAAUCCAUUGCUGAAUUGUGUCCAGGUCAGAUCCAAGAAAGAUCUAUGGCAUAUAAGGAUCAUUUUUUAAAAUCUUCAUGUACAGUUUAAUGUCAUCUACGUGUUCUAAUACAGUAACAUGCUUCAAGUUGGCAUCUAUUUUAUUAAUAUAUACAACAGACUACAGGGGGCCAAGGACAGAUCCUUGCAAGACACCAGAUGUCAUUGCAUAACUGCAGAAUGUUUUUCUAGUACUGCAACCACCUCUUUUUCAGCUGAAAAUAAAGAAUGUCAACCAGUUAUAAACGUGAGUCCUUCACACAGAGAAGCUAAUGUUUAUUGAGUCAGUUGCAUGGCACAGAAUUAAAGGCUUUGGCAAAGUCAAGAGAGAGAACAUCAACUCAUGAGAUGCCGUCUGUGAUUCAGGUUAUGUCUUUAAGAAACUUGAUGAGUUGGUCAGAGUGGCUGGAGUUAGAAAUAAAUUGAAACUGUGAGGGUUGAAUAAGGUUAUGAGAGUUCUGAACUAUCUCUCUCUGACAUCAGAUCUUGAAUUUGGUGACACCACUUGUGAGACUGACUGGAUGGUAAUUAACAGGUGAUGUGUGAUCACUCUUUGAAUGGAAAUAAAGCUGGCAGUUUUCCACCGUUCUGGGUUAAAACUGUUAUUAAGUCAGAAUUGGAAAGAGUGAAAGCUCGUGCAGCAGAAAGAGGCUGCUACAUUUAAGAAGCAGACAACACCAUGGAGACCAGAGGAAAUGUAGUUGUUUAUAUGUUUGAAUUGAUAUCCCAGCUUCGUGGGAGUAAAUCCAACAGAUUUUAUGGAAUUGGAUGCCAGUAGCAGUAAAGAUUGUAUGUUUGGAUAUCCAACAGCAAAAAUGCUAGCAUGGCAUUUGGCAGUAAGUUCUGUGCCCCCUUUAGGAUCAUCAUUCAUCUGAUCUGUGUGGGAUUCAUGAAGAGGGCCAACUGGAGAAUGAGGCCUUUGUUUUCAACACACAUUUUUCCAGAACACUUUCAAGGCAGUGAAGGUGAUUUGAUCGAAGAUUUGUAACUUCUACAGGCUCCAUGCAAAGACAGUUAAUUCAUUUGUUUCCAUCACACCUUUUUGCUCCCCUCCUCUCCCUCUACUCCCCCUCUCUCUCCUUCCUGCAUAUGUUCCUCUUCUUAUCUCUCUGACUCUUACAUAUCUCUUUGUCUCUCCACCUUGCUUGCGGUUUCUUUCUCUCUCUCUCUCUCACACACACACUUGUCAAAGUCUGAAGAAUAUUGAAGAACAGGAUAUUUUACUUGUGACAACUAACAAUACCAUUAGCUACCACCACUACAACACCAAUGCUGUUAUGAAUGUUGUGAAGAAAACUUUGGGAUUAAAACAAAAAUAAAUGGAAAAAAAAAAGACAAACUCAUAAUUAAUCAUUUUGUACAAAAUUGCCUGAGGCCAUUCCUGAGUCUAUGAUACAAACUUUCUGUUCUGGAAUUUGUAUCAUAGAAAACCAUAACCUUCCAUAAAAUUUUCAUGUUAAUUUAUGUUCCAAACACCAGAUUAAUUAUUUAAAAUUAUUUUAUUAAAUUCUUCAUUAUUUUCAAAAUGAAUUAACACAAACGUAGAGUAUUCCCACAGAAAUAUGGUAACAAAAGGGUUAAAGUGAUCUAAAUUAAAAUCUUCCAUCAGAAUUUCAUGUUAAUUCAUGUUCCAAAUUCUAACUUAAUAACGACAAAGCUAUUGUCCUAAAUCCUUCGUUAUUUCCAAAAUUAAUUGAAAUAAAGGUAAUUGUAUUUCUAAAGAAAUCGGGUAACAAUAGGGUUAAAGUGAUAAUGAAUGAGAAUAAAACCAAAAACAUACAAAAACCUUCGAUGGAAACAGAAGUUGAGUUUUUGGUAUUCUGUUUCUUUUUCUUAUUAUAUUUUUUAAAAUCAAGAAAUAAUAAACAUUAUUAUAAAGAAA